AUGGCAGACAGUGAGCCUCUGGCCUUGCAGUCUGGAGGGGAUGUUGUGAUUGGAGGUCUUUUCCCUCUGCAUUAUGUGGCCCCUAUGCCACAAUAUAGCUACCAAAACAAACCUCAGCUCACACCUUGCAACAGCUUUGACCACAGAGCCUUCCGCUGGAUGAUGACCAUGGUGUUUGCAGUGGAUGAAAUUAACCAUAAUUCAAGCCUUUUACCAGGUCUUAAAUUAGGCUACCGGAUCAUGGACAGCUGUGACCAUAUCCACACCAGUUUGCAAGCAGUCUUCUCUUUAGUCAGUCACUCAAAACAUGUGAUAAUUGACAUGGGCAGGGGCAGUACACGGGCUGAAAAUUCACCCUCAUGUCUUGCCGAUUCUACUGUGCCUGCUGUCAUUGGCCUUGCAUCCUCUUCUCCGACAAGAGCUGUAGCACAAACUCUUGGCCCUUUUAACCUCCCGCUGGUGAGUUACUUUGCCACUUGCACCUGUCUUACUGACAAGCACAUGUACCCAUCAUUCUUGCGGACUGUGCCGAGUGAUCUCUUUCAAGUUAGAGGUCUUGUUCAGAUGGUCACCUUCUUAGGCUGGCUCUGGGUGGGCACAUUAGGAACCACGGAUGACUACAGUCAGUAUGGCAUCCAAGAAUUCUCUAAUCAGUUCCGACAACAAGGUGGAUGUCUGGCAUUUCAUCUGACCAUCCCCAAAUCACCCAGAGCAACAGAGAUACAAGAACUGGCAGACAGGCUGCAGAGUUCAACUGCAAAAGUAGUGGUGGUAUUUGCCUCAGAGGUACAGCUGCUGGAUCUGUUCUUAGAGCUGGCUCAGAGAAAUGCGACAGGUAUACAGUGGGUAGCUAGUGAAUCCUGGGUGGCAGCUAGCCUGCUGACCUCACCUCACUUCCACCCUCUCCUAGAGGGCACGCUGGGCUUCUCCUUCCCUGGAGUUAGGAUCCCUGGAUUGAAAGAGUUCCUGUUGAAUAUCCGUCCAUCUCCCAAACCCGGGAUGGAAUUUGUCAACAUGUUCUGGGAAAAGCUUUUUGGCUGUAAGCUUGAAUCGGCUGAUGAAAACAUUAAGGGUGCUAAUAAAAAGCCUGUAUGCACUGGUUCAGAGGACCUGAGGUACACUGACAGCAGUUAUACUGAUGUAUCUCAGGUCAGAAUAUCCUACAAUGUGUAUAAAGCUGUUUAUGCCAUUGCCCAUGCUCUGCACACAUUAUUGAACUGUGAUUCGGCAGAAUACAACAAUGGAAUGUGUGACAGACAUAAAACAUUUACUUCCAGGCAUUUACUGCAUCAUCUGAAGACGGUGAAUUUCACCAACCAGUUUGAGGAGAAGGUAUACUUUGACUCCAACGGAGAGCCAGUCCCUCUCUAUGACAUCAUUAACUGGCAGAAGGACAGCAAAAGUGAAAUUAGAUUUGUCAAAGUUGGAAGCUAUGAUGGUUCAGCUCCAUUGAGCCAACAAUUGCAGAUUAAUCAGAGCACUGUUGUAUGGAGCAAAGGAGAAUCACAGGUGCCUGUAUCUCAGUGUACAGCUCCAUGCCCCCCUGGCAGCAGGCAGGCCAGACGUCCAGGGGAGCCACACUGCUGCUUUGAUUGUUUGCCCUGUGCAGAUGGAGAGAUCAGCAACCAGACUGGUUCCACAGAGUGCACAAAAUGUCCUGAGUACUACUGGUCAGACAAAGACAAGGUAAAAUGUGUAGCCGGGGUCGAAGAAUUCUUGUCUUUCUAUGACUCUAUGGGCAUCAUCCUGGUCACACUCACACUGCUGGGUGUCAUCCUGACAACCAUCAUCACAACCGUCUUCCACCAUUUCCGAUCAACACCAAUCGUCAAGGCCAACAACUCAGAAAUAAGUUUCUUGCUUCUUCUGUCACUCAAGCUCUGCUUCUUGUGUUCCCUGGUUUUUAUUGGCCAGCCGUCUGUGUGGACAUGUAGGGUCCGCCAAGCAGCAUUUGGUAUCAGCUUUGUCCUCUGUCUGUCCUGCCUCCUUGUUAAGACCAUUGUGGUUCUCUUGGCUUUCCGGGCUAAUGCACCUGGCUCCAGGGCUCUUAAGCUGUUUGGUCCCUCUCAACAGAGGACUCUGAUCCUGUGCACCACAGCUCCUCAGGUAUGUCUCUGUGCUGGUUGGCUGUUGAGUGCACCUCCCUUCCCAUUCAGGAAUCCAACCUACCAAGCCUCAACUGGAAAAAUUGUUGUGGAGUGUAAGGAGCCUUGGCCUCCUGGAUUUUAUCUGGUCCUGGGCUAUAUUGGUCUACUGGCCUUCUUCUGCCUCCUCCUGGCGUUUCUCGGACGCAAGCUUCCUGAUACAUUCAAUGAAGCCAAGCUCAUCACCUUCAGCAUGCUGAUCUUCUGGGCCGUGUGGAUCUCUUUCAUCCCAGCUUAUGUCAGCUCUCCUGGGAAGUUCACUGUGGCUGUGGAAGUAUUUGCUAUAUUAGCCUCCAGUUUUGGACUGUUACUAUGUAUUUUUGUGCCCAAAUGUUACAUAAUAUUACUGCGGCCUGAGCAAAACAUUAAGAAAGGCAUGACCGGAAAAUUUGCCAGAUGA